UGGCUCCUCCCUCCCUGGUCCCUAUACUGGGCCUGGAGCCCGGAGAGGGGCACAAUUUGUACGCCAUGGCGGAGCAGAGGGUGUCCCGCUGGUACUUCGGGGGUCUGGCCUCCUGCGGGGCCGCCUGCUGCACCCACCCGCUGGACCUGAUCAAGGUGCAUCUCCAGACUCAGCAGGAGGUGAAGCUGCGCAUGACCGGAAUGGCUGUCUCCGUUAUCCGGAACGACGGCUUCUUUGCUCUGUACAACGGUCUGAGUGCGUCCCUCUUCAGGCAGAUCACGUAUUCCCUGACGCGUUUCGCAAUCUAUGAAACUGUGAGAGACCGACUCGCCGAGGACAACAAAGGGCCGCUCCCGUUCUAUCAGAAGGUGCUUCUGGGAGCGUUUGGGGGCUUCACCGGAGGAUUUGUGGGGACACCGGCUGACAUGGUGAACGUGCGGAUGCAGAAUGACAUGAAGCUGCCGGCACAUCUGAGACGCAACUACGCUCACGCCCUGGACGGCAUGUACAGAGUCAUCCGAGAAGAGGGAUUUAGGAAGCUGUUCUCAGGAGCCACGAUGGCCUCCAGCAGGGGAGCGCUAGUGACCGUGGGGCAGCUGGCGUGCUAUGACCAGGCCAAACAGCUCGUCUUGACCACAGGCUUCAUGAAGGACAACAUCCUCACCCAUUUCUUGGCCAGCUCCAUUGCCGGCGGAUGUGCCACAUUCCUGUGCCAGCCCCUGGACGUCCUGAAGACGCGGCUCAUGAAUUCCAAAGGAGAAUAUAGAGGUGUCGUUCACUGCGCUGUGGAGACCGCGAGACUCGGACCACUGGCUUUCUACAAGGGUCUCGUUCCCGCCGGGAUCAGGCUGGUUCCACAUACUGUUCUGACCUUUGUGUUCUUGGAGCAGCUGAGGAAGUACUUUGGGAUCAGGGUCCCGGCAUAAGGACCACCGGACCUCUAACGUCCUCCAAUGCUGCAUCAUCCAGCAUCACACAAGGACCACUUGUGAUCGGAAUCACGGCUGCUUUAGGGACUUCUAUGCGAGGGGGAGGGGGGGGGCUGACGGGAUUAACAGAAACCAUUAUUAUUGUCCGGCUGGGAAGAAGUUAACGUAGUUAGCCCUUAGCCAUUCCUCUUAUAUAGACGUCUAAUCAAUCUUCAGGAUGUGCACAAACUUCUAAGCGAGGAGCAUCGUCAGUAUUUUAAGUACCUCUUAAUCACUGGGGAAACUGGAAAAAAUAUAUAUUUUUUCCCUUUUUUUUUUUUUGUCUUUGAGUAAUUCCUUACUUUUCCAGGUAAUAUGUUUUGAUCGCGAACCAACAUAUAAGCUGGCAAAAGUGUUGGUUUCCAUCAAGGGGGGGCAGUUUAAUGCCCAGAUACAGCCUUGGUGCAUUUAUAUAGCAGCCGAAAAAAACACAAAAAUACACCGUAUUCUAUCGAACGAAAACACUGUCGAUUUCAUAUAUAAGCGGGAAAAAAAUCUUGAAUUAUGGUUGGAAUCAAAGCUUUUGGCACGUGAGCUUUUUUGUCUUUUUGGGUCUUGUCUGCCUUCUCCCCGUGCCCGUCUCACACUCCCCGCUUUAUAUGUGACGUGCUGAUGGCGCUCGUAAAUCCUUUAUUUUAAUUGUAUGGACUGUAAUUGGUUAAUUUUUUUUUGUGUAUUUUUUAAUGGAAUUAAUAGGAAAUGUGGACAUCGUCAUAGGACGGUUUAAUGUUAUUUCGGUAAUAUAGUAUCAUGAAACUCACCUAUAUGGUGCUAACGGAAAAUGCAUUUACAAGUUUUAAUAAUGUGAAAAUUGAGUAAAAUUAAUCGGGGUGGAAAAAAAAUAAA